CGGAGGUUUUAACCCGGGUUGUGCGGCAGCUGCUGCGCGGAAAGGGAUUUAUGAGGUACCUCUGAUGAAACCAUGACCAGGUGGGCACGAGUUACUACCACACGUAACAAAAGACCCUUGCCUGCAACAUCAUGGGAGGACAUGAAGAAGGGGUCCUUGGAGGGAAAAAGCCAAAACGUACCAAAGAGUAAACACCUUGAAGCCAAUAGACUGUCCCUUAAAAGUGAUGCACCGAAAGCAAAACACAAAAAGAACAAAAAGAAAAAGGAGUACUUAAAUGAAGAUGUGAAUGGAUUCAUGGAAUACCUAAGACAGAACUCACAGAUGGUUCACAAUGGGGAAGUGAUAGCAACAGACAGUCAGGAAGUAAGGGAAGAAAUUGCAGUUGCUUUAAAGAAAGAUAGUCGUCGGGAAGGAAGACGAUUAAAAAGACAAGCAGCAAAGAAAAAUGCAAUGGUGUGUUUCCACUGUAGAAAACCUGGCCAUGGGGUUGCAGAUUGCCCAGCCGCCCUUGAGAAUCAAGAUAUGGGCACUGGAAUAUGUUAUCGGUGUGGAUCCACAGAGCAUGAAAUCACCAAGUGCAAGGCUAAAGUAGACCCAGCUCUUGGUGAAUUUCCUUUUGCAAAAUGUUUUGUUUGUGGGGAAAUGGGUCACCUGUCCAGAUCUUGUCCUGAUAAUCCCAAAGGACUCUAUGCUGAUGGUGGUUGCUGCAGACUUUGUGGCUCUGUGGAACAUUUUAAGAAAGAUUGCCCUGAAAGUCAGAAUUCAGAUCGAAUGGUCACAGUUGGUCGCUGGGCAAAAGGAAUGAGUGCGGACUAUGAAGAAAUUUUGGAUGUGCCUAAACCACAGAAACCCAAAACAAAGAUACCUAAAGUUGUUAAUUUUUGAUAAUGAUUAGUGCUGUUGUUAGUUUCCAGCUCAUUGUUAAACAUUCUGAACUGGGCCUUCUUCACAAGUUGGAGCUGGGCUUUCCCAUAGAGACCCGUAGUGUAGAUAUCAGUGUGAUCUGGGGCUGGUCACACAGUUCGCUGAGUUCUAUCCAUUGAGGAAUACUUCUACCACUGUUAGGAGAAAAUCACUGAAGAAAAGUAUAAGAUGUUUAAAUUGGAUUCUCUAAAAGAACUUAUUUUUACUAACAGAACUUAGGGUAACUAAGUGGUUAUAUACCUGAUUGUAACAAUCAUCUUUUUCUUAAAAACAAAAUUAUGCAUUAAUGUGAACCACCUCUAAAUAAAGGGUAACUGCUUUGCAUUUGGCAAUGAAUUUGGGGUUAUGUUGUUUCUUGGUUCAAAGUAUCAAUUUAUUAUAUUAGAAAUUUAUUUAUAAGCUGCUACAGAAUCUGCUGUAUUUUUAAAAUAUUUAAUAAAAACAUUUGCUAUUUGCUUAUU